AUGGCGGAUGUUGACGACGUCUGGUCUCAUUUGGAGGCAGAUGAUGUGUUCAGCAAAUUUCUGGAUGAGAGCUUUGAUUUUAAAGCUCAUGCCAACAAGGCAAUUCAAGGGAUGAUCAUUUCAGAACAGCUGGGGAAACUUGCAGAAGGCAUCAGUCUCUUGGACAAAGAAAUCCAUUCUCAGAUUGUGAGUCACCAUGAAGACUUGCUGUCACAGGCAACUGGAGUAGAGACAUUGGAAGGUGUCCUGCAGAUGAUGCAGACGAGAAUACAGUCCUUGUUAGCAGCGAUGGACAGAAUCCGUGCCAAGGUUUCGGAACCAUAUGCAAAAAUACUGGCAAGGACGACUCAGCUGCGACAUUUACAGGAAACCUGUGAUUUGCUCAGGCGUAUUAUCCGAAUCAUGUAUCUCAGCAAGCGACUUCAUGGCCAGCUGGAGGGCGGAGCUAGAGAGAUUACCAAAGCUGCUCAGAGUUUGAACGAAUUAGACUAUAUCUGUGAAGGUGUUGAUUUAGCCGGAAUAGAAGUCAUUGAACAGGACAGGAGGUUUGUGAAGCAGGCAAGGAAAGAGGUCCAAACUCAAGCACAGAAAAUGCUAGAACAAGGCAUGGAGACCCAGAACCAGACAGCGGUUGCCACAGCCUUGCAGGUGUUCUACAACCUGGGAUGUCUGCAUAAUGUUGUCGAAUCUGUUGUAGAUGGUUGUCGUGCAACCCUGCACCAACAGGUGAGAACAUACCUGGAUGUUCAAGCUCUAACCAUGGCCCAUGGAAACUCUGGGAAAGGUGCCCCAGGUAGGGCUGCCAUGCCAACACCUGGAAAUGCGGCCACCUUGAGAGCUAACCUCUGGACCAACAUGGAGAAGCUGAUGGACAACAUUUAUUCUGCCUGUGCCCAGGUACAACACUUACAGAAGGUUCUGUUGAAGAAGAGAGAUCCAGUGUCUCAUGUUUGUUUCAUAGAUGAACUUAGUCAGCACAGACACGGGGAUGUCAAUAUUAUUCAUGACUUCUGGGAGGACAUAACCAGGAUGUUGAGGAAAGAAUUUAAUGAUGCUGCAGAAAACUCAUCAUUCCUGAAGCAAGCAUUCGAAGGUGAAUAUCCCAAGCUACUGCGUCUCUACAAUGACUUGUGGCGGAGGUUGCAUCAGUUCAGCAUCACGCUGACUGUGACCCCUAGUGCAGGAGUUGAACUGGCACCAGGGAAGGACAGUUUGGAUAACUUCUUUGUGCAGACAGAGAAAGCAGAGCAACAUUAUGACUCAGAGAAAGCUCUCAGAGAAACACUGGCUCUGUUUGAAAAUGCCUACUUGUCCCGUUCUCUGUCGAGAUUAUUUGACCCCAUCAACCUUGUGUUUACAUCCAACUCAUCCAAUCCACCAACAUCCGAGGAAGUGGAUAACAUCGUCAAGACAAUAGCCAGUGAGCUGAACGUGUCAAGCGUGGACACCAAGUUGAGCAUCACUAUUGCCAAAAAUGCAGCUAAAACUGUCAAGCUUUUCUGUGUCAAGACUGAGCAGUUGUUGUCCACUGACGGAGAAGCAAGCCAGGUCAUUGGGCCUCAGUCUGCUGGACAGAUCCGUAAUGUUGCCAUUGUCAAUAUCUUGUACCAGUUUCAUCAGGCAGUGUUCAAGGUACUGUCUGGUGUCUCCCAUUUUCCUAACGAAGCCAAAGAAAGUAUUGAAGUGGCCCUGGAGUCGGUGGUUCAGCUGAUGAGAAAUGCCCUCCAGCCACUUCUGUCUUCCAUCUCUGAUGCCCUGGAGGCUAUUAUCCUGACCAUCCAUCAGGAAGAUUUCUCUGGUCCGGCACCAGGCAAGCAAGACAGUGAGCCCCCUUGCUCUCUGUACAUGAGAGAACUUCAGAGUUUCAUCUCCCGCUGUCAGACUGACUACUUGUCACAUUUCCGAUGUCAGAAUUUUAUCAUGGACAGCAUUCUACCACUGGCCGUUCGUUGUGUUGAGCUGUUUGUUCGACAUGCCAGUUUGGUUCGACCUAUUGGGGAUGGAGGGAAACUCAGACUGGCUGCAGAUUUUGCACAGAUGGAACUGGCAAUUUCACCACUGUGUCGGCGAGCAACCGACCUGGGGAAAACAUACAGACUUUUGCGUGCCUUCCG